CUUGGCGAGCGAUGGCCAAGGUACCAUCACUGCUACUGCUGCUUAGCGCAACGGUCAUCUGGGCGCUGCUGCUAGAUGGAGGAAGAGAAGCAUGAUGAUGUAGCUACUACGGAGGAGACGUCCCCAGAGACGGUCAUCUCGUCGCCCGAGGCAAGGGAGGCCAUUGUCGCGCCCGAGGACCUUGUAGAGAACCAACAGUCGAGUGCUGACGACAGCGACGAAAUGGAGGACGGCGAAGUCGACGAGGGUGACGUCGAUUACAUCCCGGUGGCGAAAGCGCCCAUUCCGGCGCCGGUCCCCGCAGCGACCAAGAAGGCAGCGACGACGCCACUUGAAACGUACACGCGGGGGUACCUCGGCAUUUCGUUUGCUGCAGACUCGACCCAGCCUCCCGAGAUCGUUCUCUCCCACCUCCCACUGACGACGACCGAGAGCGACCUCCGCACGUACUUCAACGAGUUUGGCUCCGUCGCUGCUUGCUACCUCGCAGCGCCGAGCGCCACGGUGACCUUCUCCGACGCAGCACCGCUCAAUCGCAUCUUUACCGCGCCCCAGCACGAGAUUCUGUCGACCGUCGUGCUUGUAGCGCCCGCACCGCCGUCUCUCGACCCAGCGACGGUUAGCCAUCAUGAGACGACGUACGCCAACAGCGGCGUCCAUCUCUCAAAUCUUCUGCCCACCAUGACGGAGCAGACGAUCAAGUCGGAAAUGAGUGUGUUUGGCGUCAUCAGCAACAUCCACCUCGUGCUACAGCCCAAGGAAGGCAGCGAGUUCGGCUUUGGCUUUGUGACGUACCAAGAGAACCGCUCCGCUGCCUUGGCCUUGACAGCGGGGUCUCGACUGAUUGAUGGCCAGGAGGUCAAGAUCAAUACGACUCGGAAGCCGUCUCGUCCACAGAGCGAGCAUCGGCAAGCGCACAAUGCUCGUCAGGACUCGCACCCCUACGGUGGGCGUGGACGGGGACGAGGACGUGGCGGCCGAGGCGACUUUCAAGGGCGCGGUGGUCGCGGGGGACGCGGCGACUUUAACGGCGGCCGGGGCGGUCGCGAAGACGCUGCUAGCCGUGGUGGCCGCGGUGGCCGCGGCGGUCGUGGCGGUCGUGGCGGUCGUGGCGACUUUGCCGGUGGCCGUGGUGGUCAUGGUGACUUUGGCGGCGGUCGUGGUGACUUUGGCAGUGGCCGUGGCGGUCGGGGUCGUGGCGGACGAGGCGGCCGCGGGGAGUUCGGUGGCCGAGGCACCGCGAUGGAUUACCAUGCACCGUAUCAACCUCCGUCGGCCCCGCAUCCAACAGGACCGUAUCAGCCUCCAUACCAGGCACCAGCCGCGCCAUACCAGCCCCCGACUGCUGUGCCGUACCAGGCACCAUCGUAUCAGAGACCGUCGUAUCAACAACCACCGGCGACUGGCGGUGGCGCGUACUCGCAGGCGUACGAACCCCCGCCACCGUAUGCGUCAAGUUACGACUCACAUCGUGGAGCUCAAGCAAGUGGUUACAAGCAAUCGCCUCUGCUGCCUCCGCCGACAUCUCAAGAGUACGCACGGAGCAGUGCAUCGUACAAACCAAGCUACUCGAAUGACCCCCCACCGCCGUCGUCACGCUACGACGCACCGCCAACUCGGUAUGACGCACCGCCAACUCGGUAUGACACACCUCCGUCUCGGUACGACGCACCUCCACCACGCUACGACGCACCUCCAUCGCGCUACGACGCGCCAUCGUCUCGAUAUGACGCACCGCCGCCACGCUACGACGCGCCGUCAUCUCGAUAUGACGCACCGCCGCCACGGUAUGACGCACCGCCGCCACGGUAUGAUGCGCCUCCGCCGCCUGCUUACGACAAUUCUGGGCGACACGACGUGGGGCCGCCGUACACUCAUACAAGUUAUGCAUCCCCUGCCUACCCGCCGUCGUACCCGCCAAGUGGAUACCACCCGCCGUCGUAUCCCCACGACCCGCGCACGAGACCAACGUACCCCGCGCCCGCGUACGGUCCGCCGUAUUGACCUCGUACGUUUCAUCCUGCACCUCAGUACGCAAGGGCGGCAAAAGUAGAAGUGAAAUUGUAGAUUAAAAGAUCUUAUCGAGGACCGAUGCAUGAUAGAUAAUAAUGACGGGUUUAGUACGG